AUGGCAACCGGGUCGAAUCCUUCUUCUAUUCUGCCCUCUCGCGUGCAGCCUCUUGUGAGAGUUCGAAAGCACAGGAUGGUGGGAAGGCGAGGCCAGUCUCAAGGCCGGUGGGGCCAAGAUGCAGAUCCAACAGGUCGAGGAACCUUGUGCCGAAGUCUCAGCACAAGUGCUGUCAAGGCAGAUUCACAUCAGGAGUCCACACGCCCCCAGAAGCGAUCCAAAACGACAACAAGCCCCGACAGUCCUUGGAGCUUCUUUGACUCCAAUACCCUAGAUUUCGCUUCCAAAACUCGGCUGCCUGUUGCAUUCUUCCAUGAUGUCGACAAAAUACAGAAACAGCUGGAACAAGAUGAACAUUCGUCCACGAAUACGCAGAAAGAGGUUGAGACAGACACCCGUCUGCUCACAGAACAAAUGCGAAUGCUACAGUCGGUCAGAGAAUUGGAGGAAAAGCUGGCGCGUGCAAAGCACGAUCUCAAGACUGCAAUGACGCCAACCUCGGCUCGGAAGCAGGCAAAGAAGCAAACUGUUGUCCUAUCGAGAGAGGACUACAAGAACUUGGUUGACUUGUACUACUAUUCGAUGCACUCCCGGUUCGAUCCUGAAAAUCCAGACCACUCUCCAACACCCACCAUUUUAGAGGAUUAUGCCUUCAAGCUGUCCGAGGAUUUUGCGCCUCCACAAGCAUAUGCGGAUUUUUACAAAGAUGAUGAGAACUACCGGUCUCCACUGGAGCAGGUUGAAGCGCGAAUGAGAACGCAAACGCUACAGGAAAUCCGGGUUACUCAGGUCUUUCUCAAUCUAUUACUGAACGAUGAAACUCCAAACAGGGUCUUGUUCAACGCCUAUCAGAGACUGCCUAAACCUGGCGUAGCCUUCCUGCCACGAGGUACGUUGAGGGUUUUCUUGCAACGAAUGGCCACCCCAUGGCAAAAGAGCGAAAAGACUAUGAUCAGAUAUCUUUCACUCAUCGAUGAUAUGCAAGAAGCUGGAUUGCCCAUCACCCGCUGGGAGUGGGCUUCUGCCAUUUAUUUGGCUGGGAGAUCUUUUGGGAAAGUCACACGAAUAGAUUUGGUGAGAUCCUUUGAGAUGUGGAAGCAGAUGGAACAACAAGCUGGUGUUAGAGCACACAACGUCACUUUCAACAUUCUUUUCGACAUCGCUGUGAGAUCAAACAUGUAUGUGGUCGCCCAACAAAUACUCAAGGAGAUGCAUGAUCGGGGUUUGCGUUUGAAUCGCAUGGGUCGAGUCAGUAUAAUAUAUUUCCACGGCCUGCGACGGGAUGGGGAUGCCAUACGAAAAUCCUACCGUGACUUCAUUGAGGCUGGAGAGAUUGUCGACACCCUCGUCCUUAACUGUGUCAUUGCAUCACUGCUGAAUGCUGGAGAGCCUGAAGCAGCGGAGCAGACCUACGAGCGAAUGAAAAGCCUCUAUUCCCAGCUACAUAUCCAUGAAGGAGACGAUGGCCAGACAACAUAUUACAAACGAUAUCCUGGGCCCAGUGAACGUACCAUCGGGCGUCAAAUGGCUUCAAAUCAACUGAACAGGGCACUGCUCAAUUCCUCCAGACUGAAGGAUCUAUUACCUGAUAACCACAAAGCAUUGCAGGAGGCUAUGCCUCUCGUCCCGGACCACACAACCUUCCGUGCUCUGAUUGCUUAUUACGUCAAUGUCACGGGAGAUCUCGAUCGAAUUGUUGUUUUGAUGAACGAUAUGGCACAAACCUUUGGUCUGCCCUUUUCGAGUACUCUGUUCCAACUCCUGUUUAAAGGCUUCGCUUUGCAUGGAGGCUCGUCGGACCCCGAUGCUACUUGGAACGUUCAACGUUUAGAUUCAGUCUGGAACGCGUGUCGAAAAGCAAUCAAAGACAGGCAUGCAUACAAAAAAGCGACAGCUGCAGGCAUCGAACCAACCUUGCCAUCCAUAAAAAUGGUUAAUCAGAUCAUGCAGGAUAAGCAGAAAGAAGGCACCAGCAUCUCACCCCGGACAGUACCGAGCCUUAAGAAAUUAAGCACGUGGAAUGAAUUUGUUAUUGACCUGGCAGUCUUUCCUCGAGAGCGUCGCAAGCAUAUUGAACGAGUCCACGCGCAGUUGUUUGAAGAUGAAGCUGAGAACAAGGAAGCUUCGUCGAACGAAAAAGAAAACUAUUAUCCUCUUGGCGAUCCCAGAUUUGAUCAGCAAGAAGGUGAAUAUGUCAUUCCCCCACCAUCUCAAACUAUCAUCCCAAACUGGUCUCAGAAUGACCAUAAUCUGGUGUCACCAGAUAUUGCACGAGAUGACCUGGACAUGAACGAGAGCACCGAGCCCCUUUCUGGCACAACACUCCAUUAUUCGAAUCUCAACACAGAGACAAGUGCUGCUGAUGCCUCACAGACUGAGACGGGUCAAGAGACUGAAUUCGGAUCUGAACUUAUGGAGGGCCCAGAUUUCGAUCCAGAAACUCGGCCAGAAGCAUCCCAUGCACCACAUCAAGUGCGAGCCACUCAAGGGUUGGUCUGCUGGCUAUUCCGCGCGUACGCACGAUGUACUGGCUCUCGAAGUCAAGUCGAAGAGAUUUACAACUCAGUUCGUAAAAUCUGGAGGCCUCUUGAUGAGCACGAGCGAGACAAUGUUCUCAGGGUACUCGAACGAUGUUUGCGGGACUGUGAUAGAUAUGGUCCACCGUUGCAGAGCAGUAAUGACAAGGAUCGAAUCAGCCGUGGAAGGAGGGUUCUGAUUACACCUAACAAUAAGGCCGGUCGUCCACAACAGGACUUCUUUUAUGUCUGUGUCAGUCACCUCAGUGACAGGGGGUUUGCCUCUCCUGUAGUGGAUGCUGAGGCAGAAGCGGCCAAGAAGAAGAAACAGUUGAUGGACCAAGAGAUUCAGAAGGUCAAGGACGAAUACGAAGAGAAGCAGCGAAAGAAAAAGUCGAAAAAAUCAUCCAAAGAUGAUGACAAGGACAAGGGAAAGAAAAAGGAUGAGGAUGAUGAGAGCAAGGCUGAGAGAGAAAGGGAUGACAAGAUUAAAGCUAUUCAAGCGGGAACGGGGGAGACUGAUAAGACAGAAGAUCUUCCUCGCAUCUACAAUCUGCACAGGAACUUUUAUCAGAUGCGACUCGACAAGCUUCGCAACCAGGAAAUUGCCAAAAGAAAUCAACAGCGAUUGAAUAGUCCUGGAUUCUUCCCAGCCACGCCCAAAGGAGACGUGGUGUAG